AUGGAUAAGGUAUCUCUGGCAAGUCUCCCAGAUGACCUCGUUCUCGAUAUCGUUGAGCAUCUCGACACGGCUCGUGACGUAGCGCACGUCUCGGCCUUGACAAAACAUCUUCGCUCUCUUGUUAAACAGGAUGGCUGGCGGACUUUUGUCAAAACUAGAUUUCCUUCACUGGGAAUAGCGACGAAUGAUGAUACUCGAUGGAGUGCAAUUGCAGACCGGGCAACGUAUCUUGAUCGUUGCUGGGAGAAGCGUGGGUUUUGGAUUAACGUCCUUCAUGAAAAGAAGCAGCAGCCAGAGAGGUUUCAUCGCAGGGUAGCUGGAAGCCAAUCGGUUUUGUUCCACACUGUCCUCGAUGCUCGGCUUUCAUCGUCACUUCAGACUGAUGUUCUCGCGGCUGGCGUGGGUGAGAAUCUCAUGGUGCGAAUAAAGCCCGUGAACGGACAACCUGAUACCUGGCAUCAAAUCCCGGGCCAGGCUCAUGGGUACAAAGGAGGCAUCGGAGACGUCACAGCAGUAUCUGUCAUAGAGUAUGAUGAGGUACCAGGCGUUGUUGUCGGGAGAGCCAAUGGAGAUAUCCAGAUACUAUCUGGCAAGGAUAACUUUACAUCUGUUUCACGACAACUGAAGGGAACAGAUGGGUCACUAAGAGAUAGUCUUUCUGACAUGAGGAAGUCGCCGGGCCAAACUUCAGUCUCAUCCUUGCAGUGGCAACCAGAGGCGAAUCGUCUCGCAAGCGGAAAAGGCUCUACCCUCAUGCUCUACGAUCUCUCGGCAUCGGACGACUCAGGAUUGACUCCCAUAGAGUCCUACGACUUCUCAAAGACAAGUCCCGAUGAUGAAGCAUCGUUCCUACGAAGCACCAAAUUCAUGAGCAAAGAUGUCGUGGCUUGCGCUUUGGGUGCGAGCAGAAACCCUCUACGCUGGGGACAACUCACGCCAACGGGUAUACACUUCACCAAUACUGCUAAUAACCCAAGGCCGCUUGAUGAUGCUGCCAAGUUGACUGAUGUCAGAAUGGGCGAGAAGACGACAGUCCGAGCGAUUGAGCCUGUCAGGGGAGGAAAUGAGAAUCUUCUCUUGAGCACGUGGGACGACGGUACAUACAGACUAUUGGAUAUAAGAACUCCUUCACCUCAAGACGCAGUCUACCGUGAUCGCUUCCAGCCAUAUGAAGCAGGUAGUUCUCUUCUCGUCUACGGAACAGAGCGUUUCGUAGCUGGCAGUAACACAUCACCGGAUAUCCGUCUCUUUGACUUUAGAUACCCCAAGCCGUAUCACCACACAAGCGCUCUUCCAUGCACAACACAAUGGCCUUUUCCCAGCCAAAAGGACGACCACAAGAUGUGGAGGCAAGGCUGGGCGCCAGACUGUCAACCUCAGGGUUGCGAUCCCCAGGCUGGACUGUUGUGUAACUGGCACGGUACAUCCAGACGGAAUUACUGGCGUCCCGAUGCUACACUACAUAUCGGCGGUCCAACAUUCGAUAGGAUCUAUUGUCUGGCCAAAUCAUCUGAUCUGUCGGAUACAGUGUACUGCGGUCUUCGCGGCGCGAUCCUCGAAAUGAACCUCCAUCUCACCGACGACGCAAAGUAUGAUCCAGGACAACGCACCGUUCCGGCAGGCUGGACCAUGGGAAGACCUGGAGGCAAGAUAUCACUCAUUGAGACGGGCGUGAGUCUCUGUCAGGCAAAAGAAUGGUCCCUCGAAAACCGUGGCGUUCCGGAACUCAUCGUUCAGCAACCUCGACCGCAGAAGCAGACGGAAUCAUCAGACCAGGUGAAGCGGCACCGACUAGACUAUGCGUUUCAUAAAACACAAGACUUUGAACAAGUACAGGCAUAG